UGUCGUUUUGUUUUGAUUGAAAUGGUCGAAACGUCAUACAGUUUCAUCACAAACGAAAAAUGAUAAUUUUCUUUCGGAAGUUUAAUGCAACGGCUUUAUGUCAAUCAACGAGCAAAUUUGUGAGAAACAUUAGCUACACUGACAAUUUGAGAAACGCUGACCAAUCGCAGAACAUAUUCGAUCGACGAGCUAAACGGUUGCAGAAAGAACGGUCCGCCCAAAGGCCAGAUGUAGCACUUUUCGAUUAUAUCAAAGACGAAGUCGGCUUUCGCUUAUCGGACAGAAUUUUUGAUAUUAAACGAGAGAUUAAAAAUGCUGCUGACAUUGGAUGCAAUAGAGGAUUCGUAUCGAGACAUGUCUUGGCUGAAACAGUGGAGCAUUUGUAUUUGUGCGACAUUAGUCCAACAAUGCUUCAACAAGCGGAAGGAACACCAGGAUUAAAAAUUACAAAGAAAGAAAUGGACGAGGAGCUACCAUUUGAUUUUGAACCAAACUCCUUGGAUUUGGUAACUUCAAGUUUGAGUCUUCAUUGGGUGAACGACCUGCCUGGCUGCUUUAAAUCAGUGAUUGAUUGCCUUCGACCAGAUGGAGUCUUCAUUGCCUCAAUGUACGGUGGUGAAACAUUAUUUGAGCUGCGAUCAUCACUACAAUUGGCUGAAUUAGAGCGUAAAGGAGGUAUUUCACCUCACAUUUCACCGUUCACGCAGAUCCGCGACAUUGGUGCACUGUUGAAUCGAGCAGGUUUCACAAUGCUGACAAUCGACACCGACGAAAUAGUCGUCGGAUAUCCGACAAUGUUUGAAUUAAUGGAAGACCUAAAGGGAAUGGGUGAAAGUAAUGCAGCUUUCAAUCGACCAUUGCAUAUAAGCCGUGAUACGCUCAUGUCAGCCGCAGCCAUUUACAAGGAACUGUACGGCAAACCCGAAGGUAUUGCUGCCACUUUUCAAAUUAUUUAUUUCGUUGGAUGGAAACCAGGCCCGAAUCAACCGAAACCAUUGGAACGAGGCAGCGGAAAUGUAUCGUUGAAAGAUUUGAGCAAAGUCAUAGAAACCUCGGGGAAAAGUUGAAUAGAAAAAGUGAAAUUUAUGUAAAAAUCGAAUAAGAAAAAAAAACGUUUCAUUUGAAGGUCA